GGGGGAGGACGGUGGCCGGCGAGGCUCGCCGCAGACAACGCGGCGGCGAUGUCCGCGAGCCAGGCGGGAGCCGCGGCGGCAGCGGCGGGUCCUCGCGCACGGCAGGGCGGCCUGGGCUUCGGCCUCCCUCCGGUUCCUAGGAAGCGGGCCGACGGCCAGCGCGGGAGCAGCAGCGGCAGAGACGGAGGCUCCGGCGCGUCUCUCUCCUCCCCUUGAGCCUGAGCCGGGGGAGGCCAGGCGGCCGGGGUGGCUGGAGGGGGGUCCGCUGCCCGAGAAUGGGAAUUCUCUUCACCAGGAUAUGGAGACUGUUCAAUCACCAGGAGCACAAAGUUAUCAUUGUUGGGCUGGAUAAUGCGGGAAAAACUACCAUCCUUUACCAAUUUUCUAUGAAUGAAGUUGUACAUACGUCCCCAACAAUAGGAAGUAAUGUAGAAGAGAUAGUGAUUAAUAAUACACGUUUUCUAAUGUGGGAUAUUGGUGGCCAAGAAUCUCUUCGUUCUUCGUGGAACACUUACUAUACUAACACAGAGUUUGUAAUAGUUGUUGUGGACAGUACAGACAGAGAAAGGAUUUCUGUAACUAGAGAAGAACUCUAUAAAAUGUUAGCCCAUGAGGACCUAAGGAAAGCUGGAUUGCUGAUCUUUGCUAAUAAACAAGAUGUUAAAGAAUGCAUGACUGUAGCAGAAAUCUCCCAGUUUUUGAAACUAACUUCUAUUAAAGAUCACCAGUGGCAUGUCCAGGCAUGCUGCGCUCUUACUGGCGAGGGAUUAUGCCAAGGACUUGAAUGGAUGAUGUCACGACUUAAGAUUAGAUGAUCUCUACUGACCUAUUCUCAUAGACUUUGUAUAAAUGAAGUGCUGGACUUUACCUGAAAGCUGCAAAAAUUAAUGGUUUAGAUAUAUUUAUAAUAAACUGAUUUAAACAGUUAAACUUUUUCUAUAAGAAGAAAAAUUAAGACCACUUAUUUGAAAACAAAGAUGAAGUCUCACCUUUCCAUCUGCUUUCUCAUUAAUUCCUUCCAAAGCAAGGUCUUAAAGCUGUGAUGGACAUUUUUCUCAUAAAGAAUCCUCUCAGGACAUUGUGUAGCCUGUGGUAAGUACAAAGGGAGAGGAGGAUAUUUUUAACUUUAAGAGCUUUAUUAUCAAAAGUAUUUUGCAUAGGGUUGUGUAGGUAUUGUGUAUAUACCUCAAAUUCGAGUUAAUGGCUUUGAUUUAUGUUCUUAAAAAAAGGAAAUAACACAAAAAUUAAUAAUAUCCUUAGUUAUAACCAUAAUGAGAUGAGUACUGGCAUUGGUGGUAAGUGCCAUUUUGUACUUCCCCUAUGUUCUCCGUAUCAUACUAACCAACCCCCAAAUCAUUGAGCUGCUCUUAAAAAAGAAAGAAAAGAAAAGAAAGGAAAAAGCUUGACAUUGUGUACCUAAUUUUUUGUUGACCAAAUCACAUACAUGGAAACAUGUAGUCCAGCUGAGUGAAAUAUCUGUCAUAUUCUUGACUUAGUAUUACUAAUGGGCAGAAUUGCACAUUGAGCAAUCACCAGAUUGCCCCCUUUACUGGACCUUAUGCCAUCUAAAUUUACUGAGUAAAUUGUUAAUCUAUUUUCAGUCAAUCAUUAAUUGUGAUUAAAAUUAUCAAGUGAUUUUUUUCAGCAUUAAUUGGAAACUGUUGCAUGAAAUAUGUCUACGCAGAGAAGAAAUAUCACACUAUAAAUAUUAUCAAAUAAUUUAGCUACAGUCUUCUUAGAUAUUAAAUUGUAUGUCAAGCAUUUAAAAGUCAAUUUGAGAUGAAAAGUAAAGCAUAUUUUCUAAGCA